GAGAGAACGGGAGAGAAGCCAGAGUUGCAUUCUGCACAGUUUGACUCAAACAAAGACACUUGCAUUUGAUAAAAAGUCUGAAUAACCGACAAAGAAAAGAGAGGUUCUCCAACACUGGACUAACGGAUAAAGAUCCACUUAACUGAGAAUGGGAGGUUAACAAAUCUAUAUCCGAGGGCAUGCACUUGCUCCUGAAGAAGGAUUUUUAAGCUAUCAUCAGUGUGUGUGUGUGUGUGUACGGUCUAUGUGGACUGUCCAGUUCUGGGGUCUGAUUGUAUGUCGGUGUGAGAGGCAGACACAUGCCAGGUGCUGGUCCCGUCCGGGAUGCCAGCUGCAGCACUGAAGCCUGCUCCGAAGGACGUCGGGACAGAGGGAGGGGCCGGACGAGAGGACCGCGGGUCCUCGGGACGGGAGCGACCGGCCCUGCCUUCCCUGAAGGUCCCCAGGGAGCUUCUGCGGAGCUUCCCCCACUCCAAACGGGUGGGAUCCUAUCUAGUAGGGAAAAUGAUCAACAAGGGAUCUUUCGCCAAAGUGAUGGAGGGGCUGCACAUCGGCACGGGGGAAAAGGUCAGUGCUUUCUGCAGGGGGGGAGAAGAGACAGGACGAGGCGUGAAGAGACUCCGACUGUCUCACAUUCAUGCAAGAUUACGAUGACAUGGUUGUGACUUUAACUGAUUGUUAUCUGGCUAUUAUCAUUGUCAUGUGUACAAAAAAACACCCUCAGACCCAUAUCUAUCACAAGGAUGAAUAUUUGAGGGUUCUUACAGGAACAGAGCUUUGUACCAAAGAUCUUAAGAGGUCUGCAGUGGGUCUGUUUCUGAUGAAUAUAAUCAAUUCAAUUCAAUUUAUUUGCUGUAGCCGAAAAUUACAAAUUUGCCUCAGUGCCUCACAGUCUACUACUGUCUAUGAUUCUGCUCAAGAAUCCUAAAUCCAUCAGGUUAUGUAUAUAUUUCCAUCAUACGAGUGUAGUCGCCUCUUAUUGGGUAAAACACGCUGGUGUCGAAUUUAUUCUAAGUUUAUUAAACAGGGACGAAUCUGGGUUGGUUAAAAGUUGUUGCAGAGGCGUAUUCCACGGCAACAGCACUUAACGCCAUUUCUAUGUUCUCUUAACGUAAAACAGCAGUUUCAAGUUACAAAAAAAUCUCGUAGUAUCUCGAGGCCUCCAUUUUGAUUUACUGGAGGGGCCUCUUCCUGAAACUCGCUUCAUUCCAUGUGAGUGAACGUGACUUUUAUAAUGUUACGGAAACACAAAGUCACUAGACAUUCUUUUUAUGAACACACAGAAUCCAAAACACAGCAACACACUUCACCACUUCUGUUCAGUGGAGGAAGGUGCAUAUCUUUCUUUUCCUGGUCGCCGGGUCCCUGAAGGCAGCUCCGAUACACCUGACCUCGUUGCCGUGGUGAUGACCAAACCACGCUCGUGGUGUUUGCUCCUGUUGACCCUGGUUACCUGUGCAGGGACGGGAUCUGCGGAGGUGAAGAAUGCAAGUGUGCAAUCACAGCACAGCUUUUCAUGUCAAAUAAAAUACUAACUUUACACACAAGAUGGAAAUAAACUGUUAGUUAGUUAUACAAACUACUCUUAUCUGGACAAACUAAUUAUGAAUAAACUCUAUAUCAACUUAAGGAAUUGCAUUAUCAGGCCUUGUCCGUUUUUUAUCAUCGUUGACACAAAAUUAGUUAAGAAUUCAAAUAGCUGCCAAGUUACGGACUUCAAACUCACAUUACUGAGAGAAGUGGACAUCUUUAUUACAUUUAUUAUGUAAAGAAAAUAUUUAUAUACCUGAGUUUCACAAUGCUAUUCAAUUCAUAAAAUAGUCUAGAACUAACAAAUUAAUGAACUCAUUUUCUUUGCAUUACUUUGAGACCGGUGUGCCUGAUUUUCAAUAUUCCUUACGAAGAUAAAAGUUAGUCCUUUGUGUUUAGUAAUAUUGUUUUGUAUUGAUUUUCAAAAAGUAGUAAGGAUGGGUUAUAGUGACUCAAAUAAACGCAAUAUACCACAUCAUUUACUGUUUCAAGAUGUUACAUUAUUUACAAUAGUACUGUAUGUUGCAGCCUGUCCUCCCUUCCAAUGCAUCAGUACCACCGUUUGGUCUCUGCUCCUCGUUGUCUCAUGGCCCCAUGCUUGCAUCUUACUCCUGUGUAAACUCACCUGAAUCCCUGCAGAGUGGAGGAGGGCAAGAACAGAUGUAAACCUUUUGUCCAGAAGACGCAGUUCUUUUCUUGUCCGAAACUAAAAUUCAAAAUUCAAAAAUGUAUUUUCCUCCAGCUGGGUUCGCUCUGGCUCUACUCAAACUGUGCGCUUGCCUUGCAGAUAUAUUGUUGCUCGCUCCAGCUUUAUUGCCCCUGACCACUUUCAGGCUGUGUGUGUGCUCUCGAAUCACCAAAACAUUCUACUCCCCAAACAAUUAUUCUUUGAGUUCCAUUGAGAUCCACAACUUCUACCAGAUAGUGAGUGAUUUAACGCAGAAUCAUUUUUUCACUUUGGAUAAAAAUAAGAAAAACCUUUAAAACACAACUUUAUCCCUUGUGAACGUGUGUGUGUGUGUGUGUGUAUUAGUUGGCCAUUAAGGUGAUUGACAAAAAGAAAGCGCGGCAAGACCCAUAUGUGCUGAAGAACAUGAAAAGAGAACCUCGAAUUCAUCAGAUGGUCCGACAUCCACACAUCGUUGUUCUGCUGGAGACGUUGGAGACAGAGAACAGCUACUACAUGGCCAUGGAGCUCUGUGCUGGGGGAGACCUGAUGGACAGGAUCUGUGACAGAAAGAGGCUGGAGGAGAAGGAGGUGCGGCGCUACACCCGUCAGAUUCUCUCUGCAGUGGAACACCUGCAUCAACAUGGCAUCGUGCACAGAGACUUAAAGAUUGAAAACUUUCUGCUGGACGAGCAUAACAACAUAAAGAUCGUGGACUUUGGCCUGAGUAAUACUCUGAAGGCCGAAUCUUUGUCUCUGGAGCUACUGAACACCCAGUGUGGAAGUCCUGCCUAUGCGGCCCCUGAGUUGCUAGCUCACCGGAAGUAUGGACCCAAAGUGGACGUCUGGUCCAUAGGCGUGAGCAUGUUUGCCAUGCUGACAGGAACUUUGCCCUUCAUUGUUGAGCCAUUCAACAUCAAGCAGCUGCACCAGAAGAUGGUCAACAGAGAGAUGAACAGCAUUCCCAGUGACAUCAGCAAAGGUGCGGUUGCGUUUGUGUUGUCUCUGCUGGAGCCCGACCCAGCUAAGAGACCUAGUGUCAAAGCUGCAAUAGAAGAGAGAUGGAUCAACGAGGGACAUGCCAAGAAACCACCACAAACACCCUCUCUUAAAAACAGGCUGUGUCCAGAGGAUCUCAACUCUUCUGUGCUGACAUAUAUGACCGAGACACUGGGCUUCCCCCUGUCUGAAAUCAUACACACACUUACCAUCAACCGACCCUCUGCAAUCAUGGCUUCCUAUCACCUGCUGCUCAACAAGCUCAGUAGGAGCCAGAAGGGGGCCAAGCCCAGCAAGAAACUAGAUGGCAACUACCUCAGUCUUCCAAGCAAGAAUACGUGGAGAGAGAAGCAUAAUUCUGACUCAAAGACUCCGAAACUGAAUGAACCAACCAAUGAAAAAAGAUCAAAGCAGUCCAGCAAGCCUUUGAGAUCCCAACAGACAACUGCAUGUCCGAUCAACAGGAAGAGGAGUGAGGACCGCCUGUGCAGACAGGACCAACGAGAUAUGGAGAAUCGCACCCCCUCCCCAUCUCUACCCCAGCUUCUUCAUUCUACCUCCCCAGUAAUACCGCCUCGUUUUACCUCUCCCUUCCCCAUCCCUCAGUCUACGGAGGAUGGAGCCACCGAUGAAGAGAUCGACAUCAAGUUGGAAACCAAAGAGGCGCUGUUUCCCAGAGUGUCUGUUUUCGGAGAAAGAGAAUUCGUCCAUCUUCCUCCUAAAAACUCUGCAUCUCAACUAUGUGACUCUACCCCUUGCCAAGUCCCCUUACUUGCUCAGCCAAUCCGAGACAGCAGCGCGUUGAGGCCAAUUCGACAGACGCAUCUGCUAAGGACAACUCAAUCCGACGGGGCAGCAGACCCUGGGUCACAGUGCUUCCAUGGAAACGGCCGCAAAGACGAUCACUCUCAUCACUUGAGCAUCAACGAGCGUCUGGAGAAGCUGCAGACGUUCUAUUCCUCCGAGAAGAACGGCAUUUCUCCGAGGAUGUUCCUGGAGGCUACACACAUCACACACUCCUCAGACAGAGACCACCUUGGUGUCACGGAGACGGCCAAGACACGCUCCACCCCGCUUCCCCGCCUGCGCAACCUGGGGCUAAAAGAUGGACGAGGCAGAAAGAUGACAUUGGUAGGUUUAAGCCGACCCAGGCCCCCAGGACUGCUGGUAAAUGGGUCUAAACCUCCCGCCUUUCCCUCACACAGACAACAUACUAUGGUCAUUAAAAGUCUAAGGCAGCAGAAGGAGAAGAGGAGAGAUCUGUCUGCAUCAGGAGGAGGGGAGAGAAGCACAGCAGGAGGAGGGCUAAAUGGAGCUACAAGCAACUCAAUUCAGUUACGUUCAUCUCACCAGCGUCAGGUGGCAGACCUGAAUCUGCCACUGCUUCCUACAACUCUGCAGAGGAUGACAAAUAGCAAGAACCAGCUACAAAACAUGGAUUAUUGUGUCCUUCCAUAGAUGGGAGGACAAAAUAGAAAGACGUUGAUAAUGGCCAUAAAAAGGUUCGACAAAGAAGAUGAAGUACCUGAAUUUAGUGUCACAUUUAGAAAGCAGGAAUUUUGAAAUACUGCCUUGUUUUGAAUUAGGGGCGACAUCAGGGGGGAUAAAAGAGGAGAAAGAUUAGGGGUGGAUGCUAUGAAAUACUGAGUAAGCUAAAAGCGGUGUUGAGAAGUUUUGUGGAACAGGUGUAAUGGCAGCUACAAAAAGAUGCUAACGCUACAAGUAUUGCCUGGUUAGUAUGAUUGUAUUAGGCCAUGCUCAGCAAUUCGUCUCAAAAAACAGAUGCAACCUUCAUAUGCUGCAGUGCCAAAAUGGCCAACUCAAAGCUCAUCGAUUUUAAUUCAGCCUUUAGUUGCAACACUUGAUUCGUCUGGAAUUCCGUUUUCAUCUCCAGCAGAAUGCUCAUGGAUAGUAGCUGUUGUCCAUGAAUACAUUUUUGUACCAACACAAAG